AGUCCCUGCGGCCGCGGUGUUGUGCUGUGGGGAAGAGAGAGACAGCUUGCGGAGCCCGGGAGAGUGAUUCUCGCCUUUCCGAGGCCGGUAUCGCGCCGAGACCCCCGGGGAGAAGUACUCGUCGCCAUGUCUGACCAGGAAGCAAAGCCUUCUGCUGAGGACUUGGGAGAAAAGAAAGAAGGAGAAUACAUUAAACUCAAAGUCAUUGGACAGGACAGCAGUGAAAUUCACUUCAAGGUGAAAAUGACAACACAUCUCAAGAAACUCAAAGAAUCAUACUGUCAAAGACAGGGUGUUCCAAUGAACUCACUCAGGUUUCUCUUUGAAGGUCAGAGAAUUGCUGAUAAUCAUACUCCAAAAGAGCUGGGCAUGGAGGAAGAAGAUGUGAUUGAAGUUUAUCAGGAACAGACAGGGGGUCAUUCAGCAGUUUAGAUCAUCUGUGUUUUUUGUUGGUUUUUUUUUUUUUUUUUUUUCCUUUUCCCCUUAAUCCUUUUUUAUUUUUAAACAAUAGUUCUUUUGUAAUGUGGUGUUUGACACUGAAUUGAAACUGGCACCCUAUCUCUGGGAGUCUUACUUUCAAAGUCUGGUAUUUUGAAUUCUAGUGGUCAUUAUACACUAUCAUUUGUUUUCAUUGUGCUGAACUCUUGUGAUCAAGCCGCAGCCCCCUUCCUACUUCCCUACCAUCUUUUUUGAAAUACGUGUAUGUAUAUACAUGCCACAUUCACUAGGACUGUGCAUUGCAGGCUUGAAGGUGAUAAGAUCUGCCAGAGCGAGUGUUCUAAAUGACUUUCAUAUUGACCCUGAAGUUCUGGUGUGUCAUUGCUUCACUCCUGGACUAUAACUUUCAGUGGGCGAUGGAAGUUUUUCAGAGGACUGAACUGUGGAAAAAUGAUGUUUCCUUAAUUUGAAGCUACUUUUUAACAAAUCUGAUGGCCUGGACCAGAAGAGGAAUAUCAGGUUGGAAAUGGAGAUGAUAGAUCAGGUUACAGUCAUGACUAACUCCAGAGGUGCUUCACUGAAGAGACAAACCAUUUUACGAUUUUAAAUCUUGUCAGAAGAACCCAGAAAAGUUACUAAUUUUCCAUUAGCAAUUAAUAAAGGUAUUGAUGCAGAAAUGUAUGUAGCAGACCACUGCUAUCUUUUGACUUUAUUGUACUUUUUGGCCUGGGACAUGGGUUUUAAAUGGACAUUAUCUGUACCAGCUUCAUUAAAAUAAACAAAAUAUUUGUAAAAACUGUAUUAAUGUUCUUUUUCUUUUCAGAUUUGUAGAAAAACUAAAAUACCCCAGACGAAUUAUUCUUAACAGUAUAGUAGACACCUGUUAAUUCUGAAUCUAAAUAGUCAUUUUGCUUAGUACUCUGUGUGAUUGUCAUCAGAUUAACUCUACAGCAUCAGACUGUGAAAUUCCUUCUGAAUCUUCGUAAAAAUACUAAAUUGUGUCCAUUGUAGCUUCUGUGUUAAGUAUGUUAUUGUAUUCUGAUUUAAAAAAAAUUGGUAAUCUGUCUAUAAUAGUAAUUUUUCAGCUGACCCAAAAUAGGACCUUUUCCAGUUCUAGUAAAUGGGAGUUUACUGUAAAUAAUGAAUGAUGCUCCAAAGUCUUAUGUAAAUCCUUAAUCUAUAGUGAUAAUUUUAAUACUCUUUUUAACACAGAUUGUUUCCUGCUAAGUUAAGGUCUGUUAUACUUAGAGAUUGUAUAUCUUUCUUUGAUUUUUUUUUCCCUUUUAGUCAUUUGAAAGAGUGAUACUUGGUAUAAAAUUUUAAAAAAUUACUUGUUUCAGAUUAGAGGACUGUUUUCCUGUAAUCCAUUCAACUCUUUCCCCGCCCCACUCCCCAAAGAAUAUCUCAUGUCAUGUUGAGCUUGAUUGUAAGCUCACCUUCCAGAUCAGCUGAACAUUA